ACCGGAUACAACAUGGCCAACAUUUCCGAGCAGCACGCGAAUGCACCAGCCUCUCCUCCGCCUGUUCCAUCCCUCCGUUCACCGGCUCCAGUAUCGUGAGUGAGUGUGCAGUGGAGUGAAGCGAACCGUCACUCUCCUCCUUUCUUCCUUCAAGGGUGCGCGCAUCACUUGUGGGAAAACGGCGCUCGCGACUCACAAGUUCAUUGUCCGUUGGCUCGGUUCGACUUGACUUCGCCGUCCCCCGGUACCCUCCUACUCUCACUCCAGCUUUAUCUUACAAUUUCAUCCCCACUUUCUGACUCGAGAGGCGGCGGACUGGCGAACACUGACUGGGCGUAGCUGGAGAGGAUUUUUGCUAGCUUGCAGUUACGCUAUCCGAUUAGUCCCCGCACUCUUCAGAAAGUCUCCUGAGCUGCCGUUGUCCUCUGAGAUUCAAGUCAACCGGUCUUGCCCUGCAGAGACAGAACACCAUCAAUCGAAGAGGAGAUGAAACCGGAUGGGGUUGCCACGGCAGCACUGGAGCCAAUGGAAACAUUGGACUCGGAUCCAGCGAAUGAGCCGGCGCCGGCCGCAGAGCCGGAGCCCAACCUCGUAGACGUCCCAGCUGGGGAGAUGCUGCAGCAUCCAGCUGGAGAUGUGCGUGAAGCGAAGCCGGCGGCAGAUCAGGGUAAGGAGACCUCCGCUGCCAAGAUGGUCGCCAAGGCCUCCGGCGACGCUAAAGCCAAGGCUACCAACAAGGCCACUCCCAAGACAAAACUGAGCACCACAAGCUCACCCAAGACUCCGUCCGGCCCACGUUCCAACGCGUCCCGUCUGUCGAACGGCACAUCAAAGCCUCAGACGAACGGCGUCGUUAAGAAGACGACACCUGCUGCAGAUAAAAAGAGCACCCCGACCUCUACUGCCACCAAAAAACCAAUCGGGGCAGCAGCAACAACAACUCCCAAGACCGCAACUAAAGUUGGGGAGAAAAGGGCUCCAGGGACCCUCCCUGCUACCAACAGCGCAAAGUCAACAACUGGAGCAGCAGCAGCCAAAAAGACAACAUCCAGUACUGCUAAUGGGGUAAAAUCCACUGCUGCUGCUGCUGCUGCAAAGAAGCCACCAGCUUCCAAACCCGCCUCUGCAGCUCUAACCAAGACUAGCUCUGUUGCCUCAUCCAAGACGGACAAACCCCCGGUUUCCAAAGCAACCAGGCCCACAGCAGCUUCAUCUCGACCAGCUACCGGAUCCUCUCAGUUAGCCAGCACACCCAAGAACUCCACAGCUACAUCCAAACCUGCCACUCCUAAAACUGCCCCCGCCUCCCCCAAGCCUGCUACUCCCAAAUCAACCACCACUACCCCCUCUGGUGGCAAACCUCCUGCAUCACAGUCAAGAAAUGCAACCCCUAUGAAAAAAGAUGUGACCAAACCAUCCCCUCCAGCAGCCAAGAAAUCUGCAGAGUCCCCUCUCGCUCGCCCUCCUGCAAAGAAGCCUGCUAAACCCGAGGCCCCCAAGACAAAAUCAGAUGUUGCCUCCAAAAAGCCUCCCACAAAUAAAGCUGUUGAAACAAAGACGCCAAACCGCUCCAAGCCACAAGAGGGUAAGUCCACACCUUCCAAGGAUGUCUCCAAGACCCCAAGCACCAAAACGGCUACAAAUAAGGCCCCCAGUCCCAAGAAGACUGUGGGAAGCACCACUCCUACUCCUGUCAAACGUGGUCCUAAAGUUGCAACAAUGAUUGAGCGAGGAAAAGAAAUUGCUGCAGUAGUUGCUGCUGCUGCAACCAUCGCUACUGCAGCCUCUGUCUUUGCAAACCCAGAGGAGUCUGAGCCUCCUCCAGAAGAUGAUUUGGAGUCAUCUGAGCCCACUGUUAAAACAGAGGACGAGAAAAGACCAGAGCCUGUACAGGAACCAUCUCCAGAGCCUGUGCGGAAACCAACACCAGAACCGGUUCAGCAACGGGAACCAACACCAGAACCGGUUCAACAACGGGAACCAACACCCGAGCCCGUUCAGCAACGGGAACCAACACCAGAGCCUGUGCGGGAACCAACGCCAGAGCCUGCUCAGGUGCGGGAUCCAUCACCCGAGCCUCUGCGAGAACCAACGCCUGAACCUGUGCGGGAACCAAUACCUGAACUUCAAGAGCAAACUCCUGAGCAAGGAAGUGAAGCAGCCACCGGUGUCCGGAUGUCACCUCAGAUGACCGCUUAUAAAUUUGAAGACAACAGUUCGGUUCCCUCCUUAGGAACAACUGUCAUGUCUCCCCCUUGCUCCCCGCCAGUCCCUGCCUCGCCUGUUAGAGAAUCCCAGAAUGCCUCCUCACUUUUGGACUUUGAUGCUCCAUCUGAUUCCUGGAACAGGAACCAGUCUCCUACUGGUCUGGCACCCCACACGUUGCUUAAUGUGAUGACAUUCCAAGCAGAGGAGGACAAUGUACAAGGAUACGGAAUUCAAGGGGUACAAAAUGAUGAGAAAGAUGAUGAGGAGGAGGAAGUAGAUGAGGAAGCCCUGUUUCUCUCUACCUCCACAGCUCCAGGGUCUCUUUCAGCUGUUGGACAACCUCACAAUUUUGGUGCUUUGCCUUCGGGUGAUUUUAUUCACAAGGACCUUGUAUCUUCUCAUGAAAAGGAAGAGGCAGUGGAAAAGGCUGAUGAGGAGAUCAAUGAGGAUGACGAUGAGGAGGAGGAAUAUGAGGAAGAGAGGAGACCAGGCCACCAGCUUUCAUCCUUGGUCACUGACAUGAGUACCUCUCAACAUUCGGAUGAGUUCCAGGCGCGGUCGUCAGCAUUCGGAGGUUGGCAUGGUGAUGACCUGCUGUCUGGGAUGGACUCCGAGGACAUGAGCAGCUGCACCAGCAGCCGGCAGCAGGGGGUGUCCGACCUCAGCAGCACUCAGCACACCGCCAUCUUAGAGGGCACCCAGAGCUCAGACGCCUUGAUCGACUCCAGCCUCAGGGGCUCUGAAGGAGACGGUAAUCUCAUGGGUUCUCCCAAUGUGGAAACUCUUGCCAAUGAAGAAGAGGAGGAUGAGGACGACGAGCGGGUGGACGAUAUGGACUUGAGCUCUGAGCAAGCUGAGGAGCAUCACAGAGUGUUCCAGGAGCACAAACAAGACGAGGAGGAGGACGAAGACGUGGAAAUGCACAGCGAAGGCGUGACGGAGAGUGGUGGGAAUGUCGAUGAUGACUUUAACGAGGAAGAGCACUUGGAUAACUUGACCCACUCUGGUUUGUUGUCUAGUGCUGCCCCUGCAUCCUCCUGGGGCCAGACAAACCCCUUCUCAGAUACUUGGACUCAACCAGUGUCCCACCUCACUGUGUCCUCCCCCAGCCCCGUGUCGGACCACGAUGCAGCCGAAUCUGAGACGCCAACCCAGUCUCCCGCUCAAGCGUGUGUUGACAGUAGCGCCCCAUCAUUCCCCCUGCAGACAGAGCAGAUACCCCAGCAUCAUCAUGACCUAUUCACUGCUCCGGCUGUAGGCAUGUCCCAGGCCGACACUCCGACUGGGACCGCCCCGCCCGCUCACAGCGGCAGCGAGACAAGCACUCCUGAGGACCUCCGUGACUACGACAGCAGCUCUGGAGUAGAGUCCCGCUCUGAUAAACAGCAGACCCCGGUACCGGCAUCACUUCAGCCCGACGUGGACCAGGAUCUAGGCAUUCACUUGGAGAAAGGUGAUGGAGAAGAGGAAGAGGCUGAGACUCUUCCUGCUGAUGAGGUGCUUGGAACCGGACCCCCAACAGCUCCUGCGUCAGUCCCUUCAUCCCCGUCUACCUCCGGCGAUGAGGCCAGUGACACAGAGGGGGAGAUACAGAUUAACGACCCAGAGGCUCCGAUGACGAUGGAUGAAAGGGCUGCAAUGGAAAGCCCUCCUCCCUCCGGUAGCUUGCCAGCUUUGGAGGAGGAUGAGGAGGCAGGAGAUCCAGCUAUUGGAGACGGUGAAGAGGACGGAGGUGGAGCUACUCCUCAGUCAGCCAAUUCUGUGGCAUCUUAUGGCUUUGACUGCACAACGUCCAACUCCAAUGCCCACUCAAUGGCAGAAAGCUGCGGAAAGAGCCCUGGCAUCUUCUCCCUUGAGAAUGAGGAGCAGCUUCCAGAGGAGGCUAAGGACCCCUCCCUCAUCAAGGAGCUGACCCUGCCUUCAUCUGCUGCUGCGGCCCUGGCCGAGGAUCUGCUCGGCAACCCCGUGGACCUCAUCCCUUUGGGUCACCAGGGAGAUGACUUUCCCAGUCUGGAUGAGCACCACCACUUCCUGCUCGGAGGAAACGCUGCAGAUCAUCGGGAGAAGGCGAAUCCACUGGAGGGCAGCGACGACCUGGUGGACCAGGAAUGUGGAGACUCCGACAACCUGACACCGUACUUCUCCACCAUAUGUGAUAAGACUGAUAGUUUUCUGGAAGGUAACGUAUAAGACCCCCUAUCAUCCCUGGAAUGCACCUUUUUCCUGCAACCCUACCCGUUUUCCCCCUACGUUAUUUGUUCUUCUCUGGUUAGACGUCUUAGCAGAAAAAAAGGAGACCAAGAUUGUAGAAAACAAUUUUUGAGAAAUGAUCGAAGGAGACGGAAAAAAAUGACUGUAGCGAUUUUUAAAUGAAGCCUCCCUCUUUCUUACCGUUCCGAUCCAUGUUUUGAGCGUAUGGCUAAAACUCCGUAACGUACCAUAGCUACUACCUUUUCUAGUCGAAUGUUCUUUUUAAGUAACACUGCAUAUUCUGUUGCCCCUUGCGGGGUAUUGACUGAUUGGUCCAUUGUGACUGGGCCUGUAAACUGAGAAAGAGGAGAAAAAAAAAAAAAAAAAAAACAGAUGAAAAGAUAUGGACUCUUUGUGUAUUUAUCCUACUGUUUUUACCAAACAAAUGUCAAUGAUUUUUUUUUUUUUUUGUAUUUACUUGUUUUGUUUCCUUGUUAUUUUUUUUGUUUGUUUUUGUUGAACCUGGUCCUCCCUACCCUGUGUGCACACUUCGUGUUCUGCACUAUAGCGAUAGUCACAUAUUCCUUUUGAAAACUUUCUGUUCUUGUUCCAAGACUUUUAGCUAUAUUAAUAAUAAAGGUUAGGUAUUAACACUGCUGGUUUUGCCUUUACAGUUGUAAUGAGGUAGGUGUGGGAGGAUUAGAGUUAGGGCUGACCCAAAUGCUUUGUUGUUUUGCCGCCAUUACUGAUGUCCAAAUUUGGACUUGAAUACGUGGAUUCUAUGUUUUCCUUCAUGUACUAUACCACUAAAGCUGAGAUCACGCUAUUUAUGCUUGCAAGUGUUGAUGUGAGUUGCUAAUUCAAGCUUUCAUAAGUGCAUCCAGACAGUGGCGGUUCUUGGAUGAAUGGUACCCUGGGCGAGCCCCUUUCCUCUGCAUCGUAAUCAGUUCCACCACCACAACUAAUGCGCUCCGGUGAGAGAGAAGAUUCUCUGCAUCAAAGGUUCUGAAAUGUUGAUCUAAUUGUACUAUAUCAACAGAAUAAUUGAGUUCAGGUUUGAUCAUUUUUACCUAGAGCUAAUUAAAGGAAUUAUACGUUCUUUUAAGAAUCGUGAAAUGAUCCUUAAUUUAGUUCCAGAUUGGUAUUAAUCAGAUACCUAUUUCUGUGAUAACCCACUACCUGGAUGUUGCACAAAGCAAUAGAAAACUCUCUCUUGGAACAUGUUUUUCUGAUUGGUAAAUGCUGCCCUGGGUGAAGAGCCACAUCGCUCCAUAUCAAGAACCACCACUGACUCCAGAUCAUUUUCAAUAAAGGUUUGAAGCCUCAAAAACUGUAUUUGGGACAGCCCUAGUUAGAUUGCAGUCGGUGGCGUCGUAUACGUGUGCUUCAAGAGGUUCUAUGCUUAUUGUAUUUGCAUAGGUUGUUAAGGUGCAGUCACUUCCAGUAUCUGCUUCAGGUUUUCUUCAGGCCUUUUGUUAGCUCAUCAUUUUGUGUCUUAAGAGGAUAACGAGUAGUGCAUUAUUUAAUAAAACCCUGCAUUACCCUACAUGGCUACCACAGUUUAGCUUUAUACUCGAGCAUUUUCAUAGCAAGCUUUUGGUUUACUAUUUCAACAGUAUAUUGCAUGUUUAACUAACAAAAAACACUCUGUAAUACCUGAAGUUUGAAACAGUUCAACAGUGGACAUGUUCAGAACUGAAUGGUUCGACACUAGGUUAUCUUUCAAAAUUCCAUUAAAACAUCAUUGCAAGGC